AUGUUUAAAAGCAAAGAAAAUCUAUCAGCAAAUAAGGACUCUUUGCCUUCAAUUAGUACAGUAGAAAGAUGGAUUACUGAAUUUAAACGUCGUCGUAAAAGCCUUGAAGACGAUCCACGUGGAGGACGUCCAAAAACUGCAACCACGUCGGUAAUCGUAGAAAAAAUACAGGAUAUCGUUGUGGAAAAUCAUCGAGUGACUGAAAAAUAUUUAAUAGAAGCCCUAGUCAUCUCACUGGACAGAGUAAGCAAUAUUUUGACUGAAGUAUUGGGUUUCGGAAAACUGUGA